AUGUCAUCUUACAAAUUCAACAAUUUAUUAGGAGUACCAUAUAAUGGAGGUGAUAUUCUUUUUUUCUCAGAAUCUUCGAACUUAAUUUCCAACGUGGAUAAUAGAAUUUGUGUUCAUGAUAUAAAGUUUAACAGAACCCAUGUUUUAGGAUGCGAAGCAAGAAGCAACAUAAGUAAAAUGUGUCUUUCACCUGACGAAAGUAUUCUGAUAUGUGUAGAUGAAGACAAUUAUGGUUCAAUCAUUAAUUUCCAAAAGGGAUUAAUUCUUAAUAGAAUGCAAUUUCCUGGCUCUGUUGGGUUUAUUAGUUAUAGUCAUAAUGGCCAUUACGUUGCAGCUGCUGUCGAUUCUGGAAUUUACAUAUGGUAUGCGCCAUGUAUAUCAAAAGGUUGGCAGUUAAUAUUGAAAAGGAAGCAUAUUAUUCACAACUCUAAAGUAAAUUCCCUGGACUGGAGUAAGUGCGAUAGCUUUUUACUCACUGCCAGUAAUGAUAUGACCGUAAGGCUCAUAAGUAUCGAAAAAAUGUGUAAUUUUGAUACAGUGGCAUUCGUUGCCCAUAAAAAUCCAGUCGUUGGUGCAUACUUUACAAAAAGUAUGCAAUCUAUAUUUUCUGUAAGUUCUGAGGGCGUGAUCAUAUUCUGGAGGCCUUCUUCCAAAAAGGAAAGUCAAGGAAAAAAAGUUGUUACACCUAAAAAAAUUCUUAUUAGACAAAUUAAAAAACCUAAAAUAAAUGAUUACUCAACUAAAGAUAUGGAUUCAGACUUAGAACCCGAAUUAUGUGAUGAAAUAAGAAGUAAAUAUUGGAUCGAAGCUUUGAGAGCAUAUGUAAAUCAGUCAAAGGGAGCAAUUAUUACAGGCUGUACAUUCAAUUAUGAAAAGAACCUUGUUGCAAUUUCAACUUCGAAUGGAGUAUUUACUUUAUACGGAAUUUCAGUUGGGCUAGAUGCCGAUUCUAAAGAUCCAAAAAGCAUUUUAAUUCAUUCAAUUCAUACUUUUUCACUUUCCAACUCUCCUUUAACCUCGCUAAAAUUUGGUGCAGGAGGCGAAUGGUUAGCAGUUGGAGCAGCAAAAAUGGGUCAACUCAUUAUUUGGGAGUGGCAGUCAGAAUCUUAUAUACUUAAGCAGCAAGGCCAUUCAUAUGGUAUACAAUGCUCUAGUUUUAGUCCAGCAGGAUUAACUCAAGGAAAAUGGAGCGGAAAAACUUCUCAUGACAAUUAUCUAGGUAUUGGAUCAAGGACAAUAGUUGCCACAGGAGGGGUUGAUGGUAAGGUAAAACUUUGGGAUAUUAAUUCAGGAUAUAACUUUGCAACAUUUUCCGAUCAUAUUGCUCCAGUAUCCAAAAUUAUUUUUAAUCCACAAGGUAAUGCAGUACUAUCCGCAUCACUGGAUGGUUCAAUUAGAGCAUACGACAUUAUGAGAUACAGAAAUUUCAGGACUCUAACAGUUGAUGAAGACACCGGAGUUCAGUUCACAUGUAUUGCAAUUGAUAGGGCUGGGGAUUUGGUUGUAGCAGGCACCCAGGGUGAAGGAUGUAAAAUUUAUGUUUGGAGUUUCCAAACUGGCAAGCUAGUAGAUAAAUUAUCUGGGCAUACAUCUAAUAUUGUUGAUAUUGCAUUUUGCCCUUCUCUUUCAAGCCCGGGAAUUUUAGCUUCCGCCUCGUGGGAUGGUACCGUUAGAAUAUGGGAUCUUUAUGCUCGUAUUGGCAAAGGAGCGACAGGGGAAACUUUAUUACAUUCUUCUUCUGUGCUUUCAAUAGCAUUUGAUCCUAGAGGAAAUAAUAUGCUCGCCACUAGUUCUUUAUCUGGAAGUAUUACUUUCUGGGAUAUUAAUAAGGGCACUGUCGAGGGUAGUAUUGAUGGUCUAAGAGAUAUUCAUAGUGGGAGGAGUUCUUCAGAUGCAUUUUCUGCAAACAAUAGUAGAAACGGCGGAGGAAAGCUUGGAGCAAAUACAAGCCAAAAUAUUAAUAGGAACCAACAUUUCUCAUCUAUCUGUUACAGUAGUAAUGGAAGAUUUCUUCUUGCUUCUUCUAGAAACUCUGCUAGAGUAUGCCUUUAUGACACAUUAACAUUCACCUUAGUAUCUAAUGUUCAACUAACAAAUUCGCGAUUCUUUUCGGGAAUUAGAAUGGAGCUUAAUUCAAAUUCAAACGCCAGUAAAAAGAAAAGAAAGAUACUUGAUUCUGAAAAUCCAGACGAAAUUUGGAACCCUUCAAAUAAAUUAAGCGAGAAAGAGAAGAUUAUUUCUGAACACAAUUCUUUACCAGGUGCUCUUGUUGGCGAGUUUUCCAAUCCUAGUAGGCAAACUCAAUUUACAGUUUAUGAGGUAGCAUUUUCCCAAAAUUCUUCACAUUGGAUUGCAUCUACUAACCAUGGAGCAUUCCUUUUUGCAAUUGAUACUCUGGGAAAUUCAUAUUCAGGCUCAUCAAAUCACUUAAAUAUGUUAGAUACCUUUAAAAAACAAAUAAUGACAAAAGAGGUUAAUUUAAGGAAUAUUAAUAAUUUCAUUAAAGAAGGAGACUUUUUAAGAGGCUUGAUUCUUGCAUUAGCUAUGAACAAUUUUAAUAUACUUGCAAGGGCAUAUAUUCAAAUUCCAGUUAAUUCGAUCGAUUAUAUUGUCCAGAAUAUUGUUUCAUUUUUGCUUCCAAACGUACUCAACUUUCUCAGAGUUGUAACGAAUCCUAAUAAUAAACAUUUUUUCAGACUAGAACGUCAUCUAAUUUGGCUUGAGUCUAUUAUCAGGGUUCAUGGGAAUACAUUUCUUAAUGUCAAUGAAUCUCUAAGUGACUCUUUACAGAAUAGUAAAAAUCUUAUUGAAGAUAAUGUAAAAAACAAUGAUAGUGAGGAGUGCGAAAAACUCAAACAAAACAAACUCGCAUUAUUAUCUACAAAUCUCAGUGAUUGCGAUACAAGAAGUAUUUUUCUCGCAAUUUUGAUGAACAUUUCUCAAAUAUACUCAUUUUCAAGGCAAAUAUAUGACUCAAAUUGUUCCAUAUUACAUUAUAUCUCACUAAGACUAAUAUCAAAAAAAUUAUAA